UAGAGGGAUAGAAAUUCAUGGCAGUCUCUCUGAGCUGCCUGAUGUCAGAGCUGGGAAAGGUGUGAAAGGUAUACACGAGCUAGAUUACUGGUUAGCAAGUCUGGGGUAAAUGUUCCCGUGGAUGCAAGCUUGGGAUUUUUCAUGGAGCUUCUUUGCUAUCAAAGGCAUUUUCUGAUAGAGCUGACACUGAGACAUUAAAAGAAAAUUUAAGAGGCAAUGAGCAUCCUAAAGCUGCCAGUGAUUCUCAUUGUGUUCUCUGUGACAUUAAACCAUCUGGAAGCUACAUCCAUUGAAAAUCAUCAGAUGGAAAAACAGAAAUGCAACAUGGCCACUUGUGCGACCCAACACCUGGCAAAUUUUUUAGAUCGUUCUAGGAACAACCUUGGCACCAUUUUCUCACCUACCAAGGUGGGACCCAACGCAUAUGGCAAGAGGGAUACAGUUGAGAUUUUAAUGAAAGAACCAUUGAAUUACUUACCCCUUUAGAGGUCAACGCACCUCUAAAGUUCUUAUUGCUUUAUGUAUAAAUACCCUAGUGAUUUCCUGUAUAAUUUAACAGUACCUUUUUCAUUUCUAAAGUGAAUAUGUGAAUCUGUGUGUCCCAUGUUUGCUGCCAGUACAUAUAAA